AUCCAAACAUCAUUGCUAUGGGCUUUCCUGCAGAGAGGCUGGAAGGAGUGUACAGGAACAACAUCGAUGAUGUAGUAAGGUUUUUGGAUUCAAAGCAUAAAAACCAUUACAAGAUAUACAAUCUAUGUGCUGAAAGACAUUAUGACACGGCCAAAUUUAACUGCAGAGUUGCACAGUACCCUUUUGAAGACCAUAACCCACCACAGCUGGAGCUUAUCAAACCUUUUUGUGAAGAUCUUGACCAGUGGCUAAGUGAAGAUGACAAUCAUGUUGCAGCAAUCCACUGUAAAGCUGGGAAGGGACGAACUGGUGUCAUGAUUUGUGCAUAUUUGUUGCAUCGAGGGAAGUUUUUAAAGGCUCAAGAAGCUCUAGAUUUCUAUGGGGAAGUAAGGACCAGAGACAAGAAGGGAGUGACAAUUCCCAGCCAGAGACGCUACGUGUACUACUAUAGCUACCUGUUAAAGAACCACCUGGAUUACAGACCAGUGGCACUGCUCUUUCACAAGAUGAUGUUUGAAACAAUUCCCAUGUUCAGCAGCGGAACUUGCAAUCCUCAGUUUGUGGUGUACCAGCUAAAGGUAAAGAUAUUCACCUCCCCUUCAGGACCCUCCAGACGUGAAGACAAGUAUAUGUACUUUGAAUUCCCUCAGCCUUUGCCUGUGUGUGGUGAUAUCAAAGUGGAAUUCUUCCACAAACAGAACAAGAUGUUGAAAAAGGACAAAAUGUUUCAUUUUUGGGUAAACACAUUCUUCAUAGGACUGGAUGAGAAUUCAGACAAAGUAGAGAAUGGAAGUCUAGUGGCAGAUCAGGAACUGGAUGGGAUUUUCAGCACCGAGCGCUCAGAUAACGAUAAGGAGUAUUUAAUCCUUACCUUAACAAAAAACGACCUAGACAAAGCAAAUAAAGACAAAGCCAACAGAUAUUUCUCUCCAAACUUCAAGGUGAAGCUCUUUUUCACCAAAACAGUAGAAGAGCCAUCAAACCCAGAGGCUAGCAGUUCAACUUCUGUAACCCCAGAUGUUAGUGACAAUGAACCUGAUCAUUAUAGAUACUCUGACACCACUGACUCUGACCCAGAGAAUGAACCUUUUGAUGAAGAUCAGCACACACAGAUUACAAAAGUCUGAAUAUUUUUUUUAGCAGAGAGAAAAGAAACCACACA